CAGGCAAGCUCGCGAGAGGCUUCGUGCUGGACGAUAUACAUUCUGGAAGAUCUCUUGGUCUUUUCUAUCAACACACCCCCAAGAUACUGCGGUUGUCUGCGCUUCUCCUCGAGCACACUCAACUCUUCUCGCAGAGAACUCUCCCCUCUUCGUUUACCACUGGUGUCCAACAAGACAACGUUGCACGGCAGAGCAGCUCCGGCACAAAUUAUUCAGCAUCACAUCCGGCCUGCUCUAGAGAUCAAGACGUAUACUUUCGAUUCUGAAAAAAUAUCACUGCCGCUUCCUGAAUCGACCAGGAGGUCACAGAACCAUGCCUAUCAAGUCGGACUUCCCGGACGUCGACCUUCAGGUCACAGACAUCUGGUCGUUUUUGUUCAACAGAAAAGAUCGGGAAUUUCCUGAUGAUCAUGGUGAGCUUUGUCGUUGUUUUUACUUCUUUUGAUUCUGUCAUAUUCCAAUCCGCCGACUCCCUCGCCCGAAAAUACACCUUUUCGUCGCUGCGGCAAUCCAGCAUCGACUUCGGCAAGGGUCUCAAAGCCAACUUCAACUUCCGCAAAGCCGACGUCCUAGGCCUCUUCGUCCCCAAUGACAUUGAUGUCCCGCCUGUCGUCCUGGGGACACUCUGGGCCGGCGGUGUCGUCUCGCCCGCAAACCCAGGCUACACAGUCGCCGAACUGGCCUACCAACUAAAGGACUCUGGCGCGAAAGUCCUGUGCACACACCUAUCCGCCCUCGACACGGCACGCAAGGCGGCCCGCGAAGUCGGCAUCCCAGAGACUCAUAUCAUCCUGCUCGGCGAGCAGCACGAUUCGUCGCGGAAAUUCAAGCACUGGACGCUCGUCCGUAACCUGGAGGGGACGGCGCGGUAUCGAACGCCCAAGCUGGAUCCGAAGUCCGACCUCGCCUUCUUGGUCUACUCGUCCGGCACCACUGGCCGACCCAAGGGCGUCAGGCUGACACAUUUCAACAUGACGAGCAACGUGGAACAAAUCCACCGGGCCGAGGGGUGGGUGACCUGGAACGGGUCCAAGACGCCUCCCGGCAGCGACAUCCCGCUGCCGCCCAACGGGCAGGGCGACAAGAUCCUGGCGUGCCUACCCUUCUUCCACAUCUACGGGCUCAACUGCCUGGUGCUCAGCCCCAUCUACAGCGGGGUGCACACGCUGGUCAUGGCGCGGUUCGAGCUGGAGAAGUGGUGCGCGCUGGUGCAGAACCACAAAGUCACCUUUAGCUACAUCGUGCCGCCCAUUGUGCUGCUCCUGUGCAAGAGUCCGGUGGUGGAGAAGUACGACCUGAGCUCGCUGCGCAUGACGAACUCGGGCGCCGCGCCACUCACGCGUGAGCUCGUCGAGAGCCUGUACAAGCGCAAGGGCGUGCGCGUCAAGCAGGGCUACGGCCUGAGCGAGACCUCGCCCACCAUCUUCGUCCAGCGCUGGGAGGACUGGUGGUCCGCCGUGGGAACCACAGGCGUCAUGGUCCCUAACCUCGAGGCCAAGUUCUGCGCCGUCCCGGGCUCCGGCGAGGAGUCGGAUGGCUCCAAGGAGCUGCCCCGAGGCAAGGUCGGCGAGCUGUACGUCCGGGGUCCCAAUGUCUUUGGUGGGUAUCACAACAACCCCAACGCCACCGCCGAGUGUCUCGAGGAUGGCUGGUUCCGCACCGGCGACGUGGGCUUCUUGGACGACAAGGGCAACUUGACCAUCACGGACCGGGUCAAGGAGCUGAUCAAAUACAAGGGCUUCCAAGUCCCCCCCGCCGAAUUAGAGGGGUACCUCGCCUCGCACCCCCUGAUCGACGACGUGGCCGUAGUGGGCGUCGAGUCGCAGGAACUCGGCACCGAAGUGCCGCGCGCGUACAUCGUGCCCAAGAACCGGGGGCUCGUCUCUGGUGGUGCUGCGGGACAAGAGCAAGAGCAGCACAAGCACGCCGCCGAGAUCGUGCAGUGGAUGAACGCCAAGGUGGCCAACCACAAGAAACUGCGCGGCGGGGUCAAGUUCGUCGACGCCGUGCCCAAGAGCGUCAGCGGCAAGAUCCUCCGCCGCGUCCUCAAGGAGCAGGCCAAGAAGGAGUUCCGCGACGAGGAGGACCGGAAGCUGGGCAAGGCGAGGCCCAAGCUGUGAUUCUGUGGGUGCGUGGUACACGAUGGGAGCGGAGUUUCAGGGCGUGGCAUGGCGUGGCAUUGCAUGGAAUGGACUGGGACAGAACGGUGGUGAAAUGCCACAGAGAGAAUGCAUUGGUGUUCGAGCCAGACAGACCGACAGGAGGUGAUGGAGGCGGCCGUCGGGGUUUCAUGUAUUGAUAGGGCUUUCCCGGCAGGGGACGUGCCAUUAAAACGAUUGUUUGCGACCGCCCUUGUAUUCUUUCUGGAGUUUUGCUCAUCACAGGGCUGGAGCCGGAGAGUGACAUACGCACAUGGGGAGGGAAUUUUCGGGUGAUUGAUCAAUUUCUUCCCCCUUUCCACUGGUAUAGCAUACGACGGCGAACCUACUUCGAGAGUCCAUCCACUUUGUUUGAUCGAUGGCCCCAAUUUAACGUGGGUGACGCUCGGCAGAGCCAGGAUGAAAGCUC